AUCUCGGAAGUCAGAGGGAAAGUGCACAGGCGGCCGGUAGACAGUUCUCUACUUGUAUGCACAUCUGCCUAGGCGGCUAGAGUGGCCCGCCUCAGCUCGAAUGCCUGGAGGUCUCGCGGCUAGAGCGGUCCACCUAGAACGCCAGCUUGCGGCUAGAGCGUCGCCUCCGCGCGAAGCCGCGUGUGACCUUCCCUCCCGCGGAGAGAUGCUAACGGCGGGUGCCUGCCGCCUGUGGAGCCCGCGCCUUGGGCUCCGGGGCGCCGCGUUUUGCCUCGUCAGGCAACAGGUGCCCGGUGUCUGUGCUGUGCGGCAGCUGAGGAGCAGCAGCCACCAAAGGGGUGAGGCGCUCGCUAGCGCGCCCCUGGAUAAUGCCCCCAAAGAGUACCCUCCUAAGAUUCAACAGCUGGUCCAGGACAUCGCUAGCCUCACGCUCCUGGAGAUCUCAGACCUCAAUGAACUCUUGAAGAAAACGUUGAAGAUCCAGGAUGUCGGCCUCAUGCCAAUGGGUAACGUGAUGCCUGGUGCUGUCCCUGCUGCAGCAGCCCCCGAGGUGCCAGAGGAGGAGGACCUCCCCAAACAGAAGGAACAGACACAUUUCACUGUCCGCCUGACAGAGGCGAAGCCUGUGGACAAAGUGAAGCUGAUCAAGGAGAUCAAGAACUACAUCCAGGGCAUCAACCUUGUCCAGGCAAAGAAGCUGGUGGAGUCCCUACCCCAGGAAAUCAAAGCCAAUGUUGCCAAAGCUGAGGCUGAGAAGAUCAAGGCGGCCCUGGAAGCAGUGGGUGGCACUGUGGUUCUAGAGUAGCCCCCAAGCGCUGAGGACUUAUGGACUGGAGGCCUGGGAUGGGGUGAGGCCCUGCCCACCCACACCGGCCCACUCGGCUCCCAGCACCAGGCUCCCAGACCGGGGGUUAGAGGGCUGCAGCGACUGGUGCUAGUGGCUGGAUCCGCCUGGGAGGGGCAAGAUGGACCUCCUGUGACGGGGAGGGAUUGCGGGAUUGCGGCCGCAGCUUGUACAGAGCACUGAGGCCACUCCGGAGCUCGCCAAUCCACACAUGCCCCUCUGGUGGCUGCUGAGGAAAAUACACUGUUGAGGCUGGUGUGUCUGA